AUGUCGGACGAUAGCCAGCUUACUGUGUCAGCUGAUACGUCCGCAUCAGACACCACCGUCACAGCCCCUUCAAGCAGUCAAGUCUUACAAACGAUUCGCAGUGGAUUCGAUUGGCCACUUCGAUUCUCCAAGAAAGGGAAAAUUUCCGAAGGGUUUGAGAAUGAACCAUGGUUAAGCUACCACGCAAAGUUUGACUCGCCCAGAGAUGCUAUCAGCUUUUUCCUCGGCUUCGAAGAUUAUGACGUUAGAUAUCAUGGGCGUGUUCGGCCUAUCCUCGACAUCUGCCACAACAUGGACCUUCACGACCUUGCUAGCAUCGAACCUUCCGAUGGAGAAAAACAAGUGGCUUGGCUGAUAGAUGGCCAGCUAGUUAAUGACAAGAUCAACUUUCGGGAGUGCCUGGGGGCAUUGACUGCUCGCCAACUUACUGAAGCUUUGAUGAAACCACGCUAUCGCGUUCCUCUUCCAGUUCAGAGCAAGGGAGAAGGAAAUGCACAAGAUAUGAUCAGUAAUGAGGAAGUUUUAACCUUCGAUGCUGAACGUCGCCUGCUAGAAGACGGCGUCGAGUGGGAUCCUUGCAGCGGCGGGCAGGACGACGCUAGAAAGCCGUUCUGGUUUCCACGAAUUUGGUUUCUCCGUAUCUUUGGCAUUCGGCUUGACCAGAUUAAGGAUGAGUGGGAAUCUAUAUGCCUCCACUUGGGGCAGAAUCUCGACAGACAGGAUCGUAAAUAUAAGAUCCUUCUCCACGAAGCACAAUUAUCACCUGAGCUCGCCGCCGCCGAGGAUCACAGAUUUCGAGUCAACGCUUUGGAGAAAUCGGUGCUGGAGUCCAGAGAUGUUCUCCAAGAUCUCAUCAGUGUUAUUCAGGAGACGCUAAAGGCUGGGGCGUCUUUCCUUUCUACAGAAGUGAACUUCUUUCUCAACUUUGACGGACAGCCGGGAGAUGGUUCAGAGUGUUACCCGUAUCUUAGCGAGAUUCGGCGAAUGUUUAACGUGUUAAAUCAGCUCGGGUAUCGACUAGAAAGCUACCAGGCAAGGUGCAGCUUCCUGAUUCAAUAUUGUGAAGUUUCCAGGAAGAACGUAAGGCCUUUAGGUGUCCAUUGUAUUGGAAGCACAAUUGUUGACAACAAGGCCUUAGAAUCCUCAAGUCUCCUCGUCAACAUCGGACGAGAGGAACUGAUACAAGUGAAGCUGAAAAACGAUCAACUUCUAGCUAUCGGGCCCGGGGAUGUUGAGGAAGUUCGAGUGCUCGCAUUCAGCACCCUUCUUACGCAGGCUUUCUCGCAAACCACCGCACUUUUCAGCGCAGACGGUGUCAUCGCCUUUACUAGAAGCUGGCAAACAUUCCUGAUAUCCCUUCUCGUCGCGUAUGGCAUCAAUCUUACGAUAGGGACUGCGUUUCUCAUUUGGAUUCGGAGAGCUCGUCACAAAAUCCAGGCUGCCUUGAAAGCAACGCCACUAAUACCGCCUGUCGCGCAGCCAACAUCGAACCCCAGCGCUACUUCGACUGUCACACUGAGGUCAAGCAGCGAGGCUGUGACUCAGACCAUCGCUACACAUACAUCUUCAACGAAUUCUGAUGAAAGUGGCCUGACGAUAUAUACGCGACGUCGAUUCUCAGACAGACUCUGGUUGAGCUAUAGGCAACCGCAGAGGGUGGAUGAUGUUGAACUAGGGAACAGGAAUGUUAUUGAGGAACUGACAUAA